GCACGUAAGCGCCCGGAGGCGGCGGGGCUGGGCUCGUGCCCGCCGUGGCGUUCGGGAGCCGCCGCGCCGCCCCGGUGCCGCAGUUAUUCACAGGCCAUUUGCAUGAUACAGUGGCCUUAUCAUUUGAACCGCGCUUAGCUGAGCCAGGUUACCUUUGCAUCCGCACGCGGAGUUUGGUUCACACGCUUGUGUUCGAAUCUUCACUCUUCGUUGUAUGGCUUUGCAUCUUGGGGCAGCCUCUUAGCCUCGCCAGCCUCGUUGGUGAGUGGCCGUAGUGAAUACAGCUGGUGCCCAGCUACCUGGACGGUGCGCAGUCAGUAGCCGCGGACUGUGCUCCAAACCUGGAGUCGGUCUGAAGGCCGGGGCCAGAGAUGGGUUGAACGUGUUUCUGCCCUUCAUAGCAAAUGGAGUGCAGCCUGAGGCCAGAAUUCUGGGCAGAGAUGUGGGUUCACUCAGCUACAAUCAUAGCAUCACAAAUCUGGGAAGAAGCUUAGAGCCUCUCAAACCAAGGAGAUUUCUCAAAUGUCAGUCAAAGGCUAAGAACCCGCAGCUGUGGCCAGGGGGGCACAAGCCCCAGCGACUCCCUAGCAACCGAGCUGCUCGGAAGCGCUCAAGGAUCCGGAGCCUAGAGGAAACGCAAAACCGGAUGUUGACUGUUUUGCCAUAGAAACAGACGCGAAUCCGGAAGUUACGUCAGAGAAAGAGGAAGUGAAGCCGUCGCGGGUCCACGUGGGUUCUGCGCGUGUUCCCAGGUUCCGGUGGCUGGUGCUGUGAGCUGAGUGGUGGCUUCUCGAGAUGGGUCGCUCGGGAAAGUUGCCCUCGGGUGUCUCGGCCAAGUUGAAACGCUGGAAGAAAGGCCACAGUAGCGACAGCAACCCUGCCAUCUGCCGCCACCGCCAGGCCGCUCGCAGCCGCUUCUUCAGCCGGCCCUCAGGAAAAAGUGACCUGACAGUUGAUGCGGUGAAGUUGCAUAAUGAGCUGCAGUCAGGGUCCUUGCGUCUGGGCAAAAGCCAAGCCCCGGAGACGGCCAUGGAAGAAGAGGUGGCCCCCGCUCUCACGGAGAAGUCCAGCGGCACCUUCCUGAGCGGCCUCUCCGACUGCACAAAUGUCACCUUCAGCAAAGUGCAACGCUUCUGGGAGUCCAACUCGGCUGCCCACAAGGAGAUCUGUGCUGUUCUGGCUGCUGUCACUGAGGUGAUUCGCUCCCAGGGAGGAAAGGAGACAGAGACUGAGUACUUUGCUGCAUUGAUGACAACAGUGGAGGCCGUGGAGUCCCCUGAGUCUCUGGCUGCUGUUGCGUACCUGCUGAACCUUGUCCUGAAGCGCGUGCCCAGCCCUGUGCUUAUUAGGAAGUUUUCCGAUACAUCCAGAGCAUUCAUGGACAUCAUGUCGGCGCAGACCAGCAGUGGCUCUACCUCUGCCGUCCGAUGGAUCCUCUCCUGCCUGGCCACCCUUCUGCGGAAGCAGGACCUGGAGGCCUGGAGCUAUCCCGUGACCCUGCAGGUGUACCAUGGGCUCCUGAGCUUCACUGUGCACCCUAAGCCCAAGAUCCGGAAGGCUGCCCAGCAUGGAGUGUGCUCAGUCCUCAAGGGCAGUGAGUUCAUGUUUGGUGAAAAAGUCCCUGCCCAUCAUCCUGCUGCCAUUUCCACUGCCAAGUUCUGCAUCCAGGAGAUUGAGAAGUCUGGAGGCUCCAGGGAGGCCACCACUGUGUUGCACAUGCUGACACUGCUAAAGGACCUGCUGCCCUGCUUCCCGGAAAGCCUGGUGAAGAGCUGCAGCGAGACUCUCCUCAGGGUCAUGACCUUGAGCCACGUGUUGGUGACAGCCUGUGCCAUGCAGGCCUUCCACAGCCUCUUCCACGCCAAGCCUACCCUGGGCACCCUGUCGGCAGAGCUCAACGCCCAAAUCAUCACGGCCUUAUAUGACUAUAUUCCCAGCGAGAAUGACUUACAACCCCUGCUGGCCUGGCUUAAGGUCAUGGAGAAAGCCCACAUCAACCUGGUCAGAUUGCAGCGGGACCUGGGGCUAGGCCACCUUCCUCGCUUUUUUGGAACUGCAACCACCUGCCUCCUCUCCCCACACUCGCAGGUGGUGACAGCUGCCACUCAGAGCCUUCAGGAGAUCUUGAAGGAAUGUGUUGCUCCCCACAUGGCCAGCAUUGGCUCUGUGACCUCAUCAGCCUCUGGCCCUGCCCAGUAUAUCGCCAAGAUGUUCAGGGCGGUGGAGGAAGGCCUGACGUACAAGUUCCACGCAGCGUGGGGCUCUGUGUUGCAGCUGCUGGGUGUCUUCUUCCAGGCAUGUGGGAAGCAGGCCCAUCCUGUGAUGAAGAAGUGCCUCCAGUCUCUGUGUGACCUGCGCCUCUCCCCCCAUUUCCCUCACACGGCAGCUCUGGACCAGGCGGUGGGGGCUGCGGUGGCCAGCAUGGGUCCUGAGGUGGUUUUAGAGGCUGUGCCUUUGGAAAUCGAUGGCUCCGAGGAGAAUCUGGAUUUCCCACGGAGCUGGCUGCUGCCUGUCAUCCGGGACCACGUCCGGGAAACGCGACUUGGUUUCUUCACCACUUAUUUCUUACCCCUGGCUACCACCCUGAAGAGCAAAGCGAUGGAUCUGGCCCAGGCGGGCAGGACAGUGGAAUCCAAGAUCUAUGAUACGCUCCAGUGGCAGAUCUGGACCCUCCUGCCUGGAUUCUGCACGAGGCCCACGGAUGUAGCCACCUCCUUCAAAGGGCUGGCACGGACACUGGGCACGGCCAUCAGUGAGCGUCCAGACCUGAGAGUCACUGUGUGCCAAGCCUUGCGCACCCUCAUCACCAAGGGCUGUGAGGCAGAGGCUGACCGCAUGGAGGUGAGCCGUUUUGCCAAGAACUUUCUGCCAAUCCUCUUCAACCUAUAUGGGCAGCCUGUUGCAGCCGAGGACACCCCAGCCCCUCGCCGGGCUGUGCUGGAAACUGUCAAAACUUACCUGACCAUUACAGACCCUCAGUUGGUGAACAGCUUUCUGGAAAAAGCCAGUGAGAAGGUGCUGGACUCUGCUGGCUCUGACUUUACCAGACUGUCUGUCUUGGACCUGGUUGUGGCCUUGGCUCCUCACGCAGAUGAAGCUGCCAUUAGCAAGCUGUACUCCACCAUCCGGCCCUACCUAGAGAGCAAGGCCCAUGGAGUACAGAAGAAGGCCUACCGAGUACUUGAGGAGGUGUGUGCCAGCCCCCAGGGCCCUGGGGCCCGCUUCGUGCAGAGCCACCUGGAUGACCUGAAGAAGACCCUGCUAGACUCAUUGCGGAGCACCUCCUCACCUGCCAAGAGGCCCCGUUUGAAGUGCCUUAUACAUAUUGUGAAGAAGCUCUCAGCUGAGCAUGAGGAGUUCAUCACUGCCCUCGUCCCAGAGGUGAUCCUGUGUACCAAGGAGGUGUCGGUGGGUGCUCGGAAGAACGCGUUUGCCCUGCUGGUGGAGAUGGGCCAUGCUUUCCUUCGGUUUGGCCCAAACCAAGAAGAGGCCCUGCAACGCUAUCUCAUCCUGAUCUACCCUGGCCUUGUGGGUGCUGUGACUAUGGUCAGCUGCAGCAUCCUGGCCUUGACCCAUCUCCUGUUUGAGUUUAAAGGUCUCAUGGGGACCAGCACGGUAGAGCAGCUGCUGGAGAAUGUGUGCUUGCUCUUGGCUUCCCGUACCCGCGAUGUGGUCAAAUCAGCACUGGGCUUCAUCAAGGUGGCAGUAGUUGUCAUGGAUGUGGUACACCUGGCCAAGCAUGUGCAACUGGUGAUGGAAGCCAUCGGGAAGCUUUCCGACGACAUGCGGCGGCACUUCCGCCUGAAGCUUCGGAACCUGUUCACCAAGUUCAUCCGCAAGUUCGGGUUUGAGCUGGUAAAGGGGCUGCUGCCUGAGGAGUACCACAGAGUCCUGGUAAACAUUCGGAAAGCCGAGGCCCGAGCCAAGAGGCACCGUGCCCUGAACCAGGCUGCCAUGGAGGAGGAAGAGCAGGAAGAGGAGGAAGAACCUGCCCAGGGCAAAGGUGACAGCAUUGAGGAGAUUUUGGCUGACUCAGAGGAAGAGGAUGAGGAGGAUGAGGAAGAAAGGAGCCAGGCCAAGGAGCACCGGAGGCUAGCUCGACAGAGGAGCCAGGCGUGGCUAAAGGAGGGUGGCGAGGAUGAGCCUCUCAACUUCCUGGACCCUAAGGUGGCCCAGCGAGUCCUAGCCACACGGCCUGGGCCCAACCGGGGCAAGAAGAGGGACCACGGCUUCAAGGUGAGCGCCGAUGGCCGCCUCAUCAUCCGGGAGGAGGAGGACGAUGCUGCUGUGGCCAAGAUGGAGGAAGAAGAAGGAGCUAAAGGGGAAGAUGAAGAGAUGGCUGACCUGAAUGAAGACAUGGGUGUCAGGAGUAAGAAACACCAGAAACUCAAGCAUCAGAAGGAGGCUGAUGAUGAGGAGCUGGAGAUGCCGCCUCAGUACCAAGCUGGAGGCUCUGGCAUCCAUCGCCCUGUGGCCAAGAAGACUACGCCUGGGGCUGAAUACAAGGCCAAGAAAGCAAAGGGUGAUGUGAAGAAGAAAGGUCGGCCUGACCCCUAUGCUUACAUCCCUCUCAACAGAACCAAACUCAACCGCAGGAAGAAGGUGAAGCUGCAGGGACAGUUCAAAGGCCUGGUGAAAGCUGCCCAGCGAGGAUCCCAGGUGGGACACAAGCUUCGCAGAAAGGAUCGUCGGCCCUGAAGGGUCCCCCAGAGGGCUCUGUGAUCCAGUCUAAGGUCUCUCUGUGGCUCCCACGCUGCUUUGACCACAACUUUAGAUGCUCGAGGUUUUUUCUGUCACAGCCUGGACUCAAAAUGACUUGUUGGAUGGGACUUGGUUUCCAGAGAGGCACCCAGGAUUUUGGAAAUGCCAAACUGGAAUCACCCUUCAGAGCUGUCCCUAGAGCCUAGAGAUGGGAAUAUAGCCUCACUGUCUCCAAAUAGGCCAGCUGUGUUUCUUCCCCGAGUGGCCAUGUGCACCAGAGCAGACAGUUUCCAUUUCUUCCAGACUCUUGUAGCCACGUGACACUUAGCCUGGCUGUGGUCUGGGCAUAUAAGAUUUGCUGUGACCAGAUGUAGAAUAAACAUGCACCAGCAUGCACUGUCCCUAGAAACACUGUGUUUUAUCACCUGUCCCUCAAGGACAAGAACUAUGUCCAGUUAUUGACAACAGUAGCUUGACCACUUCUUGUCCAGUCCCAGCAGCCGGUCUAAGGCACUGCAGGUAGCCCUAGGUCAGGCCUAGAACUUGCCCAGGGACACCCACCUGUGUCAAGAGGUCUCCCUGACUUCACUUUACAGCCCCAGUCAGAAGGUGACAUUUGGAGGCACAGGAGGGGCAGUGAAUGAUGCGCUGGGGCGGGUCAGGCUAAGAGUUGCUUAGAGCUACAGCGUGGCUACCCCAAGCUGACCCGGCCACAGGUUUCUCCCAGCAGCUUUGUUCAGUGGUUCAUUGAAGUGUUUACUAAGCCUCACCAAGUGCCGAGUGCAGCUGAAUCAUCUAGCUUGAUCAUUAUGUCCUGUUUUUCCCAGGUAAGUACGCAAGUUGUACAAAGAUUCUCACUGUCCAGCUCUGUUGGCCUGGAACAGAGGAAGUAGUGCUGACCUCCUCUUGCCCCCGAGGUCACUUUGUUGGCCAGGGUACCCCAGUGUGUGCUUUCCCAACAGGCCUCAAGAAGCAAGGAAUCCUAGGGCUACUCCAGUAGGAGGAAUUGUCCCCUGGUAUUUGAUCCAUAGCUUUUCUCAUCUCAAAUUCUCCCUGUUUGAGAUGAGAUACCCCCACCCCACCCCACACACAUACACACAUUCAAUAGUCUCCAUUCUAGUUUCAUGCCCUUGGUUCUGAUAAUGCUCCCAGGAGGCCCUGUGCAGUUUUGUUCAUUCUCUAAAGGAGCUCCAGUUUUGAUGUGAUCCAUCCAUCCCCAAAUGAGGGGAUUUACUCCUACUGAUUUUGGAGCUAGGAAGUGGAGAGGAACCACACUUCACCCAGAGGUGGCGCUCUUUACAUGCCUUGUUCACAGAAAGUCUGGGCUUGGAAAGCAAGGAAGAUGGUCACCAAGAGGUGGCUCUUAGAAAUUUGCAGAGGGAUGUAACCAUGACCCCUGUGGUUACACUUCUGGACAAAUUAGGCCUAUCACAGCCCUUUCCUAUUUCCUUUCUCAGGAAAUUAGCCAUGUGCAGUAGGUUGCUGCAUGAAAGUAGGAAUGGGGAUGAGCCGGUUGCUCAGUGUUGAUGUCUUUAACAAAAAGUUUGAAGCCAGUGUGCUGACUGUAGCAUGCUUUCCAAGAUCUUUGUUUUCUUUCAAACGUAGGACUAGAGCUUUGUACAGUGGCAGUAUCAUAGCCAAUGAGGUUUAUCCAAGUCACGAUUAUUGCUAAUCAAUAGGGGUAGGGCUGAAGCAGGUGGCCUAGAAAGGCUGAUGUUGGUGAUGUGCUAAAUUCCAUAUUCUUGUGGAAGUAGACUUCAAAUGCAAAUUACCUUGAAGCAGAGGCAACAAUUAAUCUGCCCUAGAAACUUGAGGUGCUUGAAACAUUUGUUGUGAAAGUCAGUGCUGCUUUUGUUCCAUGGAGGGGGGGAUGGGGAUUGGGAGUAUUUAUCAAUUCAGUUUCAGGAGGGCCAUUCAGGAGGCUCAUUCAGUUUCAGGAGGGCCUCCCCCAGGAUCCAGAUUUACUACUUUGAUUUUCUCAUGCUUUUGGCAAAGUCAGAAUCAGACUUGUUCUGGCUUUCUUUUCUGGGAUCCAUCCUCACUCCUGAGAAAUGGAAGGUGGAACAUGCCUUGUGUGACUGCACCAAAACAGCAACCCUAGUGUUGACCGAGACGGUGUGCAGCAUUAGGGGUUUACAAAGGCAGUCUACUCACAUCCCCCCACCCUGGUGCCCGUGGACACAGGUGUGGCUGGUGAAAGUGACCUCAACCCUCUCUGGGAAAUGCAGCUUCUUGUGACUAUGGCAGUAGGUGUGGUGGUGAUGGUGGUGAGGGUCACUCCUGGCAGUGGCUGCUAUCAUAGGUCCACGGUCAUCUGUGCAAGCCUGCCUCGGUCCACAGGCUUUGUCGUGUUUCCCUGCACUGUUUGCAACAUGUGAGAAAAUUACUUA